AUGGCCGCUCGAGUAGUGGCUGGGUCUCAGCUAAAAGAGGAAGCUGUUGCAGCAGCGGAAGCUGCAGCGGCUGCUGAUGCCGCGGCUGCUGCUGCGGCGGAAGAGGCGACGGGAUGCCCUGCGGGAGAGAACAAGGCGGUAGAGUUGACCGUUGAGCAGAUUGAUUCGAUCUGCGAGGAAGCAGCAGCGGCUGUAGCAGCUACAGCUGCCGCAGCAGCCGGCGCGCUGGCGAGUGAGAAGUGGGAGGCAGAGGCCAGCAGCGAGGAGACGAAUAAACGGAAAAGAAGACGGAGAGUUCACAAGAAGACAGCGGAGGGAAACUUCCCGUCAGCGUCGAAUCAGCCGGAGGAUGGUGGGAGGUCGGAUGGAGGAAGGGAGGAGGGAAGCGAGACGACGGAGAGCGACGGUUCUGAGGAAGAGAGAGGGGGGACGGGAUUGGAUGCGAGAAUUGGAGACGCAGCGGAUGCGGCGGCGGGAAACACGGAAGAGGUGGAGCUGGAUUCGCAGCAGGAGGAUGGUGACGAUGCGGGUCUGUCGCUGUUCGACACGGAGAAGAACGACUCUAUGAUGGACAUCGAUGGCGGCUCGGCGGCGGCGGAUGCGGCGAAGAGCGCCGGUCGGAAGGGAGGCCAGGAAGGGAUGCAGGAAAGAGUAGAGGCGGCUUCCAGGUUGGCGGCUGUGAAUGAGUCGCGGAUUGCCGUUGAGAUUGACGAGGAUGACGCCGUCAAUCACGGCGGGAAGCCCGCGCGCUCUCGGCGGCAAGAUGCAGCCGCGGAGGUCGCGCCGGAGGAUGCGGAGAGCAAGCAUGGCGCGAAAGGCCGCGCCGGGAAGUGCGCCGCCGAGCACGGCGGGAAGGCGACGGGGAAGGAAGCGCGAGCGACGGCGACGGCGACAGCGGCGCUGUCGCAGGUGCUGGUUCGCACGAGCCUGGAGUCGUGUCGCACGGUGGUCCUGCGAGUCAGGCCGAGCGACACCGUGGACGACGUGCUGUGGCAGAUACAGCGGAAAACGGGCCUUCCAGCGCACGAGCACCGCCUCAUCUACGCUGGAAAGCAGCUCGACACCUCCGUGCGCCUGCAGGACGUGCCUGUGCCGCACGAUGCCACGCUGCAGCUGAUCGGACGGCUGCGAUCGACGCUCUUCCCCGACGUGUGGCUGGUGGUGGCGGAGAUGGAGGCGGGGCUGGCGCAGCUGCAGCGCCUGGAAGCCGUUGGGGCGGGCGUGGGGGAACCUCCGCCGAGCGCGGGGAAAGGCGACGGGGGCGGAAGAGGGGGCGUGAAGGAAAAUGGGAGGGAGGGCGGAAGGGCGGACGGGGGAGAAGUCCCCAUGCACGAGCAGCGCGCGGAAGUGGCGGAAGGGGGGAGGGGAGGCGGCGGAGGAGGCGGAGAUGCGUGCAAUUGUGCAGUGGAGAGGGGAGGGAGGGGGAGAGGCGGGGGAAGAGGCCGGGGGAGAGGGAGAGGGAGGGGGAGCGGAGCAGCAGCAGAGGGUGCUAGUGGAGGUGUUGUGGAGGUUCAAGCAGGGGACAGAUACGAUGCCAUGGAGCAAGAACCCACCGAGACGCAGCAGCAGCAGCAGCAGCAGCAACAGCAACAACAACAACCACAGCAGGACCAGCAGCCACAGCAGCAGCAGCAGGAUGAGCAGGAAGCGCCAGGAAGCGGGGGUGGGGGCGGAGGCGCAGUGGUGCAGGAGGCGGGUGGGAAGGGGCGGCGGGAGCGGCUGAGCAAGUACUACGAGGACAAGAUCCACUGCGCCAUGGCGCAGCUCUUCGUGCGCGCCGUUGACACCAUCCGCUCCGGCCAUGACGGCUGGACAAUCAAACUCGCCGAAUACAUCGAGGCCUUCAGGCUGGCAGGAGGUGUGCGGGCGGCCGUGCAGCUGCUGCAGCUGAAGGAGCCCCACCACAUGCGCUUUGCUGACCAGACCGUCGCUAGUUUCCUGGACGAACGAGCCCUGAUCACGUACAUGCACGACUACGCCUGCCCGGGUAAAUUCGCGCGCCCACUGCUGGACUACCUGGGCCCCGUGCUCAUGGAGCUGCACGUGCUGCUCGACUCCUGCCGCCUGCGACCGGCACUCACCACCAGGUGUUGGGACGCCCUGGUGAAGCUCUUUGGCAAGGUGCAGCUGGGUCGCUUCUGCCCGCAGCUCAACCGCUCCCCUGACUGGCUCGUGCGCAACCUUGCGCCGUUCCUCGAGAAGGCAGCUACAGACCUCUGCAUAAGCCUGCACCAGCUCACCCUGCUAGCAGCAGCCAAGUCCGACAACCUCACCUCUCCCCUCACCUCCUCCACCUCCUCCGCUUUCAAAACGUUCGCCUCGGCUAUUGUCCUCUCGCUGCCCUUCUGCCGCCCGGCCGUGCGCCAGUCCGCGUUCUGCCGCCCGGGGUGGCUGCUGACUGUGUUUGGCUCGGUGCUGAGACACCCCUACCAAUCCCCCCAACACCCAGCCCCCUUCCCGCCCCCAGCCUCCUCUCCCUUCGCCCCGCCCUCCCACCCCGCCUCCCCACUCCCGCCCCUCUCUCCCCCGGACCUAGUCGGCCGAAUGGCCCUCUCUCUCCUCCCAGAACCCCUCCGGGAAUGCAUCCCUGCCGUCCUGCAAGGACUAUACCUCCUAGCAGCAGUAGCAGCAGGGGCGGGGAGAGGCGGCAGUGCAGAGCAGCUAGUGGGGUUGCUGGUGAGGCACAGGGGGUGUGUGAACGCGGUGAUUCAGAACCAGCACCUGGCGCCGGGAGGGGACCUAGCGUGGGUGUGCGAGCACAGGGAGCUGAUCGACAUGGAUGUGAAGAGGCGGUGGAUGGGCGCUCUACUGCCGGAGCCUGCUGAAGACCAUGCCAACCGAUGCACCGUCAUUGUGCACCGAGGCCCCUCGCUACUCCACGAGUCCUUCGAUCAGAUCUUCUACGCGCCGCCAGAGGCCCUCAAGUCCGGCCUGCUCGUGCAAUUCGUCGACGAGGACGGCUCCGGCGCAGGCGUCCUCCGCGAGUGGUUCAUGCUUGUCGGCUGCAAGCUCUUUUCGGGGGUAAACGCCCUCUUCUCCGCGUGCCCGGACGACCACCAGCGCUUCUUCCCCUCGCCCUCCUCCGCCAUCAACCCCGGCCACCUCUCCUACUUCCGCUUCUGCGGCCGCGUGGUCGCCCUCGCGCUUAUGCACAACAUCCAUCUAGACGUCACCUUCGCCCUCGCUUUCUACAAGCUGCUAGCCGGGCGGGAAGUCACCUGGAGAGACUGCAAGGACAUGGAUCCGGAGCUGUUUGCGAGCUGCAGGGCGAUCAUGGCGCUGCCGGCCACGGAUGUGGAUGCGGACGUGCUUGGGCUCACGUUUGUGUGCAGCGUGGAGGAGGGCGUGGGGGAGAGUCGCGUUGUGGAGCUGUGCCCGGGCGGGGAGUUCAUCAAGGUCACCAACAGCAACCGCCACGCGUUCAUUGACCUGCUUGUCAAGCGAAGGAUUGUCGCGCCCAUGAGGCUGCAGGCUCUGGCCUUUGCCGCAGGCUUUUCGGAGCUCCUGCACUGCCGGGACCUCCCCAUCUCACUCGCCCUCCACACCUCCUCACUCCAUGCCUCCUCCCUCCAUGCCUCCUCUCUGCACGCCUCCUCCCUCCGUCUUCCCCAUUCUGUUCCUGCUGGCGUCAGCAUUCCUGCUGCUGCCGUCACUGUGGCUCCUGCUGGCGUCACUCUGGCUCCUGCUGGCGUCAGCAUGCCUGCUGCUGGCGUCACCAUGACUCCCACUAACCCUAUCAACCAUAUGCCCAUGGGCGCAGCAGGGAAUGUGGAAGCAGAAGGGCAGCAAUGGGGCCGCGCUGCGCCACCUGCUGCUGCUGCUGCACCAGCAUCACCGUCAGUCAUGGUACCCGUCGCUACAACCCCUGUUGCUACAGCUGCACUGACCAGCGUCCUCCCCGUGGCUGCAGCCGUUGCUGCUACAGCCGGUGCAGGUGUGCCACCCAAUCCUGCCUCUGUUCCAUCAGUUGUAGCGCCAAUGACAACUGAGUCCCCGAUGGUGGCGGCUGUAGCGCCAAUGGCAGCUGUGGCGCCGGUGGUGGUGCCGAUGAUGAGUCCGGCUGUAGCGGUGGUGGAGAGCGGGUGGGUGAUGCAGCAGGCACUGCGGCCGCUGGAUGCGGGGGACUUUGAGGCGCUGCUGUACGGCGAAGAGAGGGACAUUGAUGUGGCUGACUGGCGUGCACACACGGACUACCAUGGCUACUGGGCCACUGACCCUGAGAUCGAGUGGUUCUGGGAGGUGGUGGAGGAAAUGACCAAGGACCAGCGAAGGCGUCUCCUCUACUUCACCACGGCCAUCACACGGCUCCCUGCUUCGGGCUUUGCUGGCCUACAAUCUCGGUACGAGAUGGGCUGUGGGAGCUUUCAGAAUUAUGGUUUGCUCUUCUUGUCCUGA